AUUUACAGCGGCAUCAAAGUUCAGUUUUGCGAGAAUCAGCGCGAGACACGAAUUUAGGGUUCAUUAAGAUUCAACUUGCUUCUUUAUCCAAACAGUAAAAAAAAGCUUCGAAGCUUUUCGUUAUUGCGCUUCCUUUUCAUUCCGAUUCGCCCAAUUUCCAUUGCAUAGCUUCAAUCCUUUACCCUUAAGGAAAGUGCAGAGAUGGGUACCUUUUGUUUGGAAACUCCUUUUUGUUCUUCGUUCCUUUUAAUGCCCUAAUUUGACAACUUAACUUGUAACUCUGAUUGUUCAGCUUUUGCAUUUGACUGAAAAAGUUUUCAUUUUUGCAAUUUAUGCUUCUGCAAUUCUUGAUUUUCAUGUCCUCCCAUUUGACUUUAAUGUUAUAUUUAAGAGCUUCUGCUCACUAACAUGCCUCUUGAACUCUCCUUUUGGACUUGCCUUUCGAUGCUGCUAGUUUUGUUAUCAUUUGACCCUUUAGUUAAAAUGUCUUUGAUAUUGCGGCGGCUCUAUGAAUCUUAUCUCAUUGCAUAGUUCCACUGAGAUUCACUCGAUGAAAGUCCUUUUUUGGCCGAUCUUUUUGUUUCCUCCUUUCGAUAUGUGUAUACUUCUUCCCAGGAAUUCUUCUGGCCUCUGUGCCUUCUUCACAGUUGCCUCACAAGCUUGUUUAUUUAGUUUCAUAAGAUGCCACGGGGAAAGGCAAAUUCUUCAUCAGUUGGUAAGCCGUCUGAGCCUGAAAAGCCAGUUGAAUCUGAUGAGAAGGUCGACCUUGAAGAGGAAAACGAUGCUGAGGAAGAAAUGGAAGAAGAGGUCGAAUAUGAAGAAAUAGAAGAAGAGGAGGAAGUGGAAGAAAUAGAAGAGGAGGAAGUGGAAGAAAUAGAAGAGGAUCCGGAGGAGGUGGAGGAAGUAGAAGAGGAAGAAGAAGAAGAGGAGGAGGAGGAAGAAGAGGUUGAAGAAGUGGAAGAAGAUAAUGCCGUGAAAAACCACGGCAUUGAUGAUGUUGAAAAGAAAAAACAUGCUGAACUUCUUUCUCUUCCUCCUCACAUGUCUGAAGUCUACUUAGGGGGCAUUCCUCUUGAUGCCUCAUCUGAAGAUUUGAAAGAUUUUUGUGAGCGUAUUGGGGAAGUUGUACAGGUUCGAAUAAUGAAAGGAAAAGAUUCUUCUGAGAAUAAGGGCUUUGCUUUUGUGACUUUUAGAAAUGUAGAACUGGCUACUAAAGCCAUUGAGGAGCUGAAUAAUACCGAAUUUAAGGGUAAAAAAAUAAAAUGCUCGACAUCUCAGCAAAAAAAUCGUCUUUUUAUUGGCAAUAUUCCUAGAAGCUGGGACGAAAAAGUCCUGAGGAAGGUUGUGACUGAGACUGGACCUGGAGUUACCGCUGUUGAACUAGUCAAGGAUAUGAAGAACAUUAACAAUAACCGUGGCUUUGCAUUUAUCGACUAUUAUAAUAAUGCAUGUGCUGAAUAUUCAAGGCAAAAGAUGAUGAACCCAACAUUUAAGCUUGAAGACAACUCCCCAACAGUGAGCUGGGCUGACCCUAAAAAUGCUGAUACCUCUGCUUCAUCUCAGGUGAAGGCAGUAUACGUGAAGAACCUUCCUAAGAAUGUUACUCAAGAGCAGUUGAAGAAGCUUUUUGAACACCAUGGGAAGAUCACAAAGGUGGUUCUUCCACCACCAAAGUCUGGUCAGGAAAAGAACAGAAUCGGUUUUGUACAUUUUGCAGAGAGAUCAAAUGCUAUGAAAGCACUAAAAAACACUGAAAGAUAUGAAUUAGAUGGUCAAAUGUUAGAGUGCUCUCUAGCAAAGCCACAGGCUGAUCAGAAAGCUGGAGUAUCAAAUAUACAGAAGCAAGGAUUGCUUCCUAGUUAUCCGCCACACGUUGGUUAUGGUUUGGUUGGGGGUGCAUAUGGUGCACUUGGUGCAGGUUAUGGUGCUCCUGGUCUUGCACAGCCUUUGAUGUAUGGACCGGGUCAAACUCCUGCUGGAAUGGCCAUGAUGCCGAUGCUUCUGGCUGAUGGACGCAUCGGAUAUGUCUUGCAACAAGGGUUGCAGCCACAGCCACAGCCACAGGCACAAACCCCACCUUCAGCAUCUGUUGCCUUAUUUCACACUUUUACCAUAUGCAAAAUGAAUGCUUGUUGCAUUCCUUUGAAAAUUGAAGGGAUGUAUAUGACUAUGACUAACUCCGAGGAAAGGAAGUGGUUGGAACAGUUCAAUCCUAUAAACUAUAAAGGGUAA